AUGGCAGUGGAACGUGGGGAUUUUUCUCGUUUGUCUUAUCUGAAUGAGGAGAUACUGCUGUCAAGUUUAAAAUCUCGAUACAAAAAAGACAAGAUAUAUUCAAAAUGUGGUGAUAUUCUUAUAGCCAUUAACCCAAACAGACCCCUUCCAAUAUAUGAUGCAGAGCAUCAUCAAAGGUUCCGAUGGCAAAACGCAUCAACUCAACAAGAGCCUCAUGUGUUUGCAACAGCAGCUUUGGCUUUCCAGCGUCUGGUAGAAACGAAAACGGACCAGGUCAUCCUGGUUAGUGGGGAGUCUGGCGCUGGAAAAACCGAAACGACAAAGUUCAUCAUAAAACAUAUUGUUCAUCUUUGUGGAAAUGCACAGAGUGAUCUUCACAAAAAGAUUUUAAAUAUUAACCCAUUGAUGGAAGCAUUCGGAAAUGCCAGAACAAAUUUAAAUGGUAACUCCAGUAGAUUUGGGAAGUUUAUUCAGAUUAAUUUUGAUGCUGAAGGUGGCAUUCAAGGAGCCGUGGUAAGAGAUUAUUUAUUAGAAAAAUCACGAGUUGUUCAUCAACCAAAUGGUGAGGGCAAUUUUCAUAUAUUUUAUGCCUUUAUUGCUGGUGUUGAUCCUAGUUUAAAGAGGAAGCUUCUCUUAGACAAAAAAAGUUAUCGAAUAACCAAAAAUAUCGUUGGUGAUCUUGACUAUCACCGAAAUCAAUACAAUGACUAUUUAAAAAUAAUGCGACUUAUUAAAUUACCAAAAGAGGAUAUCGAAGCCGUUCAGAUUAUAUUAGCGGCUAUAUUACACAUCACAGAAAUACGUUUUGAAGAAGAUGGUGAUUCUCAGGGUGUUGUGGUUUCUAAUGAAGAUGAAAUGAUAAAUGCUGCAAGUCUUCUUGGUGUUGACCCUGAUAAGUUUGGUAAAAGUUUAGUUUUAGAGGACAUCGUUUUACCAGAUGAAACAAUAACAACUUUCAAAAGCCUGGAACAAGCUGAAGAUGGACGGGAUGCUUUGGCGAAAUCAUUGUAUGAAAGAUUGUUUGGUUGGAUGAUCCAAAAUAUCAACGUGUCACUACACACUCAGCAGGAUUUUGGAGCUGAAAGAAUGGGAAGUUUAGGUAUUUUGGAUAUUUGUGGCUUUGAGAUUAUGCGUAAUAAUGGACUGGAACAACUUUGUAUUAACCUGGUGAAUGAACAACUCCAAAGCUUCAUGAAUAAACAAGUGUUUAUAAAAGAACAGGAGAUCUAUGAAUCAGAAGGCUUGACAUUGGAAGAUGUUAACUAUCCUGAUAAUGCUAAGAUUAUAGAGAUGUUUACUAUGAAUAGAUACGGUAUAAUUGCCCUGAUUGAUGAAGACACCACAUUUGCUCAAGCUACAAGCAUGUCUUUGAUAACUAAGUUACAAGAUAAAUGGGGCCACCAUGACCAUUUUGUUAGUCCAGUAUAUGAUAUUCCAGAAUUUGGAAUCAAGCAUUUUGCAGGAGAGGUUACCUACGAUGCUGAUGAUUUCAUUGAGAAGAACGCCGACAAUCUAAGUUCUGGUAUAUUUAGCUGUAUUCAGGAUAGUGAAAAUGACUUAAUCAGUGAUCUGUUUAAGGUUCAAAAGUGUCUAACUGGUUCAAUUUCAGCGUUGAAUAGUAACAUGCGGCCACAGAAAACAUCACAAGAUCAUAAAACCCAACUUUCUUACUUCACGGAGUCCAUCAAAGAUCUCUUGAGGAAAAUGAAUUCAGCCGAUCCACUUUUUAUAAGAUGCAUCAAACCAAAUAAUGAACAGCGCGAAAAACUAUUUGUGGACGAAAAAGUCAAUGAACAACUGAGCUAUUUGGGUAUAAAGGAAAUUGCUAAAAUCAGGAAGAUGUGUUAUCCAAUAAGAAGCCAAUAUACAGACUUCUCUCAAUGGUAUAAAGACAUUGUACCGACUUCCGAGAAGUCGAGAAGUGAUGCGGAUCAAUCUAAAUUCAUUCUUAAUAAGUUCAUAAAGAGUAAUAAAGAAUAUAAAUUUGGUAAAACCCAGAUAUUCAUGAUGGAAGCUGUAAAGAAAACCUUAGAUCUUAUACUGACAGUAAAACAGCGUGAAAUAGAUAGAUCUGUUAAAAAGGCGGCACGAAAAUGGAAAGAAAUUUGGACUGAAAAGAAAAUAGAAGAACAAAGAAUGAAUGAGAAGUUUAAAGCAGAAAUUGAAGCAUCAAAACCUCUACCCAGAGAGCGUCAUGCAUCUGAUUCGGAGACAAUAGAUGAAGUUCCAGAUGAUGACUACAGUGUUCUCUCUGACUCAAUCCGUGGAUCUGAAAGCCAGACAAAAUCUAUCCAAGAAUCACAAGAAUCACAAGCAUCACAAGCAUCACAAUCCAGUCAGCAGAAUAAUACCGAUUUGUUCUUUAAGAGUAGCAGAAGAAAUGCAGAUACUGAUGAUGACAAUGUGGAAUAUGAUGAUAUUAAAUUUUGGGAUGUAUUUGAGAUUGUCAAUCCGGACUCAGAAUCCAGUGGCGUACCAGGGGAAGCCAUAAUACGUGUAAUUAAGAUAAUUCUGUAUUUACUCUUUUUCUGCAUUGUAUUGGGUUGCUGUGUUUGUCAGAAGCUGAGUUUAAUUAUAACAGUGCAAAAUAUAAAUCCUACAAAUGCAACGAAUAGGGAUGCGAAUAACUACAUCAAAAAUCUUGUAUUAGCUAUUUGUAUACCAACAUCAUUGAAUAUUUUGAUAAGUACGUCUAAGCUGUUGUUUGGGCAUUUUAAAUGUCCUUCUGUGAUCACCUUUAUACUGGCUAUCUUCUGUGAAGUUAUUCAUGCAUUUGGACUGUGUCUCUUAGUGUAUGGGGUAUUGCCUUAUUGUGAAAAUACCAUACUCAUGGUUUUAUUAUUAUCGGCUGUUGCUAUUAUUCCCUCGAUACUGCUAACACUUACAGCUACACAUAAGAUCACGAAGGAUGAUAAAAUAGAUAGGUGCUCUAAAACUCGAGUGUGCUUUGCCCUUUCAAAGAUGUUUGAUGGACUGAGUAUUCUGGCCCAAGGGUCGGUCAUUGCUGUUAUGCUGCUUUGGUUCAAAACGGUGGAACCCAAACGUAAAGAUAAUAUGGAAAAUGUACCAUUUGACUUCAGAAUUAUUGAAAUUUGCAUGGGCUUCGUUUGUGUAUCUGUUGGAUGGUGGGAGAAUUUUUUGGAUGAUCGUUUCCUGUGCUCAUUGAGCGACACAAACCGUUUGAAGAACUUUAACCUGUUUAUACGGUACGAACUUCAAUCUGGACGCCAUUAUACAGUUAUUCCAGCAUCAGUUGCUAAACUUCUGGUUGUUUUAUUCAUGACCUAUGCCUACUUUCCAUCGAUAAUUGACGACAUUCUUGGAGGAAUUCCAAAAGAAGGUGAAAUCAUCCUAGUUCCUGUUAUAAUGCUGCAUCUAGCAAGUAUCGUUGCGUUUUAUAUUGGAGGUCUGGCAUGUAAGUUGGACAUGCAGAUCAUAUCGUUUUCUCUCUCACUGGUUUUAGUCACUCCACUUACCAUAGUGGCUAUAGUACUGGACUGUGAAUAUAAAUCUAUAUCGAAACUGAUGGAAGUAAAAGUAUGUACUGAGGAAGGACUAUCUGGUCCCUCUACAGAUUUAGUCGUAGGUGUAGCUUGGUCCCUGUCAUUAAUGGGGAUACCAAGACAUUUUUGGUUUCCAAGACAAGAACGUUUACCCAAGCAUGAAAGAAUGUUUGUAAAUCCACUUUAUUGUGUUGUGUUGACGACUGAGUCAUUCCUGUUAAACCGUAGACGACACAUGCGACGAGUUCUGAAAACUGUCACCAAAAAGGAUAAAAACGUUGUGACGUAUAAACUUGCGAGAACGGAAAGUAAAGACGAUGAGAAAGAAUCAGCAAGUAGUUUCAAUGAUAACGAAUCAAUUUACCCUAAAGAUGAUCAACCACAAAAUGCAGAAGUCCCCAUGGUUUAUGCAUGUGCUACUAUGUGGCAUGAAACUAGGACAGAGAUGGUACAACUGAUGAAAUCUAUUCACAGAGUCGAUGCUGAACAAUGCAUGAGGAGAACCGUUGAACAGUUGUCGGGGCCAGAUCCCGAUUUCUUUAACUAUGAAGCACAUAUAUUUUUUGAUGAUAUUAUGGAACAAAACGAUGACGAAGAGUGGCAGGUUAAUGAUUUUGUUGCGCUGCUUGUUGAAUGUAUGGAAGAAGCAAUAAGCUCUGUGCUUAAGACAUACUUAAAACCUCACCCACCUAUUAAGAUAUCUACGCCUUAUGGUGGUCAAUUAGUGUAUAAAAUGCCUGGUGGGAACCUCCUCUACAUCCAUCUGAAAGAUAAGAACAAAAUUCGACAUAGAAAGCGCUGGUCACAGGUUAUGUACAUGUACUAUCUGUUGGGAUUCAAGUUACUGAAAGGUUGUAGAGAUGAAGCAUUGGAAUUAUUUAAAGAAAAAGAAGACAGGUUGAAGGCCAAAAACAGUGCGAGGCAGACACUGGCGUCUGAUUUAAAUGAAAUCUUAUCAGAUGAAACCAAAAUUCAGUCUGAGAAUACGUUUAUCCUAGCCUUGGAUGGAGAUACUGACUUUAGUCCUGUUUCUGUUCAAAUUUUGUUGGAUAGAAUGAAGAAAAACGACAAAGCUGCUGCAGCUUGUGGACGAAUUCAUCCAAUCGGCUCUGGUCCAAUUGUAUGGUUUCAAAAAUUCGAAUAUGCAGUUGGUCAUUGGUUACAAAAAGCUACGGAGCAUGUAUUUGGUUGUGUAUUGUGCAGUCCUGGAUGCUUCAGUUUGUUUAGAGCAUCAGCUCUAAUGGAUCAAAAUGUUAUGAGGAAAUAUACCAUAUUACCAUCAGAUCCAGGCCACUAUCUUCAAUAUGAUCAAGGCGAAGAUAGAUGGUUGUGCACGUUACUGCUUCAACAAGGAUACAGAGUGGACUAUGCCGCUGCUGCUGAUGCCGUAACAUACGCACCAGAGGGCUUCAACGAGUUCUUUAAUCAAAGACGCAGAUGGAUGCCUUCCACUAUGGCAAAUAUUAUGGACUUACUUGGAGAUUACAAGAAUACAAUAAGAAACAACAACAAUAUAAGUAUGAUAUAUAUCAUCUACCAAGGUGCAUUAAUGUUGUCCACUGUUUUGGGCCCUGCAACUGUACUGAUGAUGAUAUCCGGAGCUUUCAAAGACAUAUUUGAACUUGAUAUUUUGUUGGCAUACGCUUUAUCGCUAAUACCGGCUGCAGCAUUUGUUGUUAUUUGUCUUGUAUGCAAGAGUAAAACCCAGUUAAUAGUGGCUGUGUUCCUGAGUACAUAUUAUGCUUUUGUCAUGGUUGUUGUAUUAGCUGGUACUCUUAAGAAUGCUGUGACAGAAUCUCCUUGGCAUCCUAGUGUUAUUUUUCUGUUGGCACUGGUUAUAAUCUUCAUUAUAACUGGAUUGCUGCACGUUUAUGAAUUUUAUUGUCUACCAUGGGGAGCUCUUUAUUUUUUGUGCAUUCCAUCUGGUUAUUUGUUGCUUGUAAUCUUUUCUCUUUGCAAUCUUGAUAAUAUUUCAUGGGGAACUCGGGAAGUAGCCAAAAGGAAAACAAAGGCUGAACAAGAAGCAGAAAAAGCAGCACAAAAAUCGAAGAAGAAAGAGAAGGAACAAGGAUUCUUUUCAAGGUUCUUCUUAAACAAAGGUCUUUUGAAUGACCUGAAAGAAAUAUUUGCUUUUGGAAAACAAGACAAGGAAGAUGCUUUACUUUUAGAAAUAAGGAGCAUGAAAGAAAAAUUAUCUAAACUAUCUGGAGAAUCACACGAUAAAGGAAACCUUGUUGAGAUCAAAGUUGAAACUCCUUCAGAUCACAAGACAGUUGAAAUUUCCACGUCAAAUCUCAAAGUAUCUUUUGAGCCAAUGGAUGAGCCGUUAAGCAAGCAGAAUAAAAGAAAGAACAGGGAUCCUAACCUACCAUUUUGGAUAGAGGAUCAUAGACUCGGCAAAGGUGAGGUUCGUGCUUUGGACUCGGAUGAGUUACAAUUUUGGAAGGAUUUGAUCAAAAAAUAUCUCUACCCUAUUGACAAAGAUCCUGAGAAAGAACAACAAGUAAAAACUUCUUUACAAGAAUUAAGAAACAACGUGGUCUAUGGGAUGUGCAUGAUCAAUCUACUAUGGAUUGGAAUUAACUUCAUUUUCCAAUACAAACCAAAUGAGGCCACAAUAAUACUGUUACCUUAUUCCUAUAACGGAGCUAGUCUAAAGGUAGAAAUUCUUGGUUUUUUAUUCAUCAUCUUUUUUGGUAUUGUUCUACUUCUGCAGUUUAUUGGAAUGCUCAUACAUCGCUAUGGUACUUUCAUUCAUUUGAUAUCCAUAACAGAAAUAAAUGGAGGGAAAAGGAACCAAUCAGAAGUUGAAAAAAUGUUAAAUGCUUAUCGACAAAUACAAAAUGACACCUUAAGCCAGACGAUUGUAACACAACCACCAGACAACGAAGAUCUAAGAAAAUCUCUGUGUGCUUCACGGAGGUCAAGGAAUCCACAUAUGCAUAUCAAUCCAGAUAUAUCUAAAAAUAUACGGACCACUGGACGACGAUUGAGUAGACCUCUACCACACAUUACAUCUGAUCCAUUAGAAGAUAUAAGGCGGUUAACGGCAAUGACUAAAUCUAAACCCGCCCUAGGGUUUGACUUGAAAAAAACUGCUAAAGGAUUGGUCAAACAAGCGGAACAACAAGGAAUACAAUUUGAUAACGUUGAUUUAGAUCCUCCACCGGAUUACGAAGAGGAAGCACAAGAUCCUGUGUUUGAUUUCUUAAAAGACAAAAACACAGUGAGUAGAAUCUUUGCGAAAAAGUACCAAAAGCAUGCUAAUGCUCAAGUAAGACGUCCAAGUUACUAUAACAGAAGAGGAAGUGCUGCUCAAUUCGAUAGUUUUAGUAGCAACAAUCAUAACGGUAGGAACUUUGGUUCAUUUGAUAACCACUUUAGUAGCACCAAUUUCAACGGACGUAUCGAUAGCGAAACACCUAUUGAGUUUACUCAGUUUUAA